AUGGCUUCCACUCGAAAAGCGGAAUUCAGUGCUGUCGACGGGGGUGCAACAUCGCUCCCAAUUCUCCGGGGGACAGUAGACACUGUCUCUCAGGAGUGUCCCACACGCCUGGGGAUCACAUCCACUGAACUCCAGGCGAAAUCACCCACCGUGGAUGUCUUCUUCGAUGAGAUUGCAGCUGAGAGGCUGCGAAGGAUGCCACCCGAUGGCAGUCGACUAGAUAGCGCUCUUAGACGAGCCUCUCGUCUAGCAUUUGCUGUGGCAACCUUGCGCGACUCCGUCGCCAGCUUCAUGGAUGGCGCCGAGGAAGCCACAAAAAUGAUCUGGGGCACUACCCUACUAUUGCUCGAGAUGGGGAUAGAAAAUAUUGAUAUCGUCGACAACCUUUUCAGUCGUUACGGUCGUGUAACUCUGGGCAUUUCGUUACUUCUUCAGCAAGAGAGUUCUUUCCAAAGUUCUAGAGCGCUCCAGCAGGAGGUAGCAGAAAUCUAUGCUCAUUUGUUGCAACUCAUUGUCCAUGUUGCUUCGGAAUACAGACAGGUGGCACGAACCCAAAACUGGCAGGUCAUGAACGAAGCGGUCGAUAAUGCCUUCUUUUGCUACUUUAAUCGCUUUACUACUCAUUGGCGUCGUAUUUCUGGACUUAUUCUUCAAACUGGGGUGCCUAAAGACCAAGCCGCAGAUUUGGCCGCGAUCUACCAGUUCCUUGAGUUGCAGGAUCGUCCUCUUCAGAUGAUGUUAGACAGUCAUACUCACUCGCUGGCGGACGGGUCGUUUGCUUGGUUUGAUCCUCAUUUGACCACUUUCACUGUUGGCCCGCGCAGUAUGAUGCUCGUCCGUGGAAAUCCAGGUGCUGGGAAAAGUGCAUUGGCUCAGUGGACGAUGGAGCGGUUGCAAAUGUCUUCCGAAUACGAUGUCUGGAAUGUUAUUCCGAUUGCUAUACGGUCCGAUGUUCCCAUCACCACCCUCACUCUCAGUAUCCUCAAAGGCAUUUUAAUUCAGAUGCUGGACCGAUGUGUUACCAGCCGUAAGACACAGGAUGACAUUAUUGCCGCUAUUACCGAUGCUAUGAAUCAGGCUGUCAUGGGCUCUCCUGAUCCACAGGUAGAAGGCCUCCUAUGGACUGCUAUUCGCACGGCUGUGCAGUCGAACUUACAUUUUAUGCUCGUUGUCGAUGGCAUGGACCAAAUGAAACAUGCUGAAAGCACCGUCGGAGCCUUCCUGGGUCUUCUCCAAGAUACCGUGAUCAACACGCCAUCUAAACUAAUUGUUUUCGCCCGUCCAAUGUCUACGGAUCAAAUCCCGAUUCGCGAAACGACCAACACACAUCAGAUCGCGAUGAAUGCCUCCGUCACGCAGAAUGAUAUGGAAGCUACGAUCAACGACAUGAUGAUGUAUGAUUCCGCGUUUUCUGGACUGGAUUUGCCUCAACGCGAGGCUCUUGGAUCCGCCAUUGUCUCUCGUUCUCAGGGUUGUUUUGUUUGGGCACAGUUGGCUGUGGAAGCACUACGUAGCCAGCCCACUUACAACGACAUGACUACAUCUGUUUCUAAGGUCCCCAACACAUUGGGGGAUCUUAUUGACAUGCAUAUCCGCCACACUAACCUUCAGCGACGGGGAACCCAGAGUCUCCUGGCUUGGCUCACGGCGGCGGAGCGCCCUUUGCGCCCACAAGAAGUUGAACAGCUCCUAGCUAUAGACUUGAAGACACUCAAGGUCCUAUCCAAGCCCGCCAAUGUCGAUCGUGACGUAUUCCAGCCCCUUCGCCGAUUGAUCUGGGUACACGACGGUUUUGUGACCUUCCGCCACUCUAUGAUUCGUGAACAUAUCCAGGCGCGAGCCCAGAUGCAACAAGAAGUCCCAUUCUCUCUCGCAGAUGCCCACUACGACCUGCUCAUUCGCUCUCUUGCUUGGGUUCGCAGGAGCGUGCCGGACGAAGCCACAGUCUCAUGGGAGAAAAUGGCUGUUAGUGCCCGAGACCACUACCUUGAUGCAUACAUCAUGCUUGAGUAUACAGCUCGGUAUUGGCUGUCGCACAUGCUCGCGUCCCCAAUGGCCUCAGUGGAUCGCCAGCUCUCCUUCCCAACUGCGUUCCGUCGUGCCAUGCCUGACUCAGUGCUGUUUGCGCAGUUAGAGCUGACCAAUCGAGAAUCACAGUUCAGUCGCUCAAGCAUUAUUGAACUGUAUCGCCUCUCUGUUGCAGUCCGCCGAGCUGUCCUGGGCAGUGAAUCCCCGGCUCUGCUGCAGAGUCUCAUACUCAGCGCCCGUGCUGCUGAUAAAGCUCGGGGUGUGUGGGCUAACGAUCAUUUGUACGAGGCGUGGACUCGUAGCCGUAUCCAUCUGGGUCCAACUGAUCCCAUCACUGGCGAUCUAGAGCAACUUCUGGUUGCUACACCUGAAGGUGCUACCCGGGCCGAUCGGACUACGGGCUUAAAGACCGAUGCUCUGCGGGACAUGACCUUAGCGGGCUGGGACUCGUCUGAUGUUACCUUUGCACAGCGACUCCAGUAUCUCGAGAAGCUUGUGACCGCAUACCAGGAUGAGAAGAAACCCGAUACUGCGUAUGAUGUAUCAAAACAGUUCUAUAGACAGACUGUUCAGUCCUAUGGACCACAUUCUGCUGAGACCAUGCAAGCAGCCGAUUUCCUCACUAAUCACUUCCAAAUCGCUCCUCCUGACGAGCUUGCUCUGGAGCUUGCCCGUACCAAAUAUGAGACUAUGGUGCGCUCAAUGGAUGCUGCGGACCCACGUCGCGUUGCAUUUUCACUGUCUCUGGCACAGAUGUACGAAGAGAAUCGCCAACCGGCCGAGGCCGAAUCAGUGCUGUCAAGAUUGUGGCAGAGUCUUUCGACUCGUGAUUUGGAAAGUAGCAGCACUUCCUGGGACCAGAGGACAAAGGUUGCCUUUUACUACUCGCAAUUCUUGCGCCGCCAGCGCCGUCCUGACGAAGCAUCCACCGUCCUGCGCGAGCUGUCAUCCGACCUGGAAGCAGAUGGGGGUGUGAAGUCUCCCGCGAUGGUUACUCGUGCGCAGGAGCUUCGCGGUGAGGCCCGUGAAAUGCAACUUCAUGACAUGGACCGCGCGUUAGCCUUACAGGUGUGGAAGUAUUACAAGUCCACCAAUCAGGAAUACACACCUGAGGCUGUUGGGCUUGCUCAGUCGCUCACAGAGGGUAUGAUACCGGCAGCAGGAAGCACCGUUGAGACUAUGGGCACUCUUCCAGUUGAGGAGAGCAAGAUGCUACCAGAAUGGAUCGACUCACUGGCUUCGACAUCAGACAAGCAGAAGUAUCCUCGAUUACCCCUUUUACUUCUCUGUCACCGGCUUUCCCGUCAGCAUAUCCGGGAUGAGGAGUGGCGCCAAGGCAGUGACUGUGCCUGGGCAGUCCUGAAGCACACUUGGCCUACUGUGGAGGAUGCACAAUCCAAGUCCAAGUUCCCAUCCGAUGAAGCUCCUAUUAUGUCGAAAUUGGCAUUGGAUCAUGCCUAUUGCUUGUUCCGUCGUCUUGAUGUUCCAACCGCCACGGUGGUUUAUGGUAAUGCAUUCAAGGCAGGUAUUACUGCCGAUCAAGUCGCCGUGCCUUCUGUGACUGCCGUCGUCAAGACGGUGGUUGAGUUCUAUGAGACCACAUUCCAGUUCGAUAACGCUCUAGUGUUGCUGCACCAGGUCAGCGAGUUCUUCGCCUCACGCUUGGGAGAGAAUGAUAAACACACUCUUGAUAGCCGCUACCAUGAAGGUGACCUUGCACUCCGCCUGGACCGCCGUGAGGAAGCAGAAGAUAGCUACCGUCACAUCUAUCGGGCCUGUAUUCGCAAUGGCAAGAUCUCGUCGGUUGGGGUGCGCGCAGCUGUGGCCUUGGUGGCUCUCUACGAGCAAGACAAGCAGUGGGACGCUGCCUUGGAAGUUUACCGCCAUCUGUGGCCCACCCUCGUACGAUUUGAUGAAAAGGAUGGCUAUGACCGUGCCCUUCUUGAAGGGCUCUUGCCCAGAACUUACUCCGGCUAUAUGACCCUUUUGAACCACUCGGCCGUGAAGGCAGGAUAUGCGGAGCGCCAGCAGGUUGCCUCAGAACACCAGCAACUCUGUCGCAAGCUUUACGGUCCUACGCAUCCUCGAACUCGCGAUGCCACUUUGCUGCUCGCGGGUCUUUCUGCAGAAAGUGACAGCCAUAUCGGUGAAGCGAUCACUUUGUAUCAACAGGUACUUCACACCCACGACUGGGUUCCUGCCUCGGAAGCCUCCCGUGAACUGCCUGACAUGAGCGAAACUCUGCCAAUUGACAUAAAGCACCGCAUGUCACAGCUAUACUUGCGUCAGAACCAAACCUCUCCAGAGGCACGCAGACUGUACAGGGAGGAGCUUGCGUUGGCUAAGCAACAACAAGGUCUCUCUGCUCCCUCGACGAUGCUGUGGUUGAGAGAGAUUGCUCGCAUGUAUGCAACCGAGGGCACCGUGGGCUCUCGCCAAAAUGGUGCUCAACUGCUCCACGAUCACGUCGAGGAGGUCGUUCAUGUGACGGCUAACCAGCAGCUCUUGAUCGAUCGUGCGCAUCGUCUUGCAGAGAUUUACUUGGAGUGCGGCUACAUUGACGAGGGUAAUGAGCUGAUCAGUGAGCUUCAUCACCAAGUGAUCCACGAGACACCGGCUGCCCACCGUCAGGCACUGGAGGAGCACCGCCCUGCUAUGUUUGUGGCCUCCUUCGAGGAAGUCUUCGGCAAACGCCAGUCUGCACGCCAGAUUCUAGACGGAAUGUCUCGGGAGGGCCAGAUUUACAAUAGCUUCCAGCAGAGUCUAACAAGCCACGAUCUGAUGCCGACUCUGGCCGCUGGUGAGAAACUACACCGUCUGCAGACUCAGCAAAAGCAUACAGCCGGCGCCAAGAGCACCGAGGAUCAGCUCUACAACUACUUCUGCAAUACCUUAUCGGUGGCUAAGCCUAUGCGUCAGAAGGAUAUCGUGCAUCAGUUCUAUGGGGUGUGUCGGCGUGAGAGUUUGAAUGAGGACUCCAACAUCAACAUCGUCACCUCCACUUCCACGCUUGUGCGGGAUUUAUGCAAUUCGGCCCGUUUUGAAGAUGCGGCCAUCGUCACUGGUGUGUUCCACUCAUUUGUACACUUGACUGACGGGCUUCGCACCUCGGAGAGUAUCUUCACGUCGAUCAAGAUCUGUCUGUACCUGAAUGGGUACCAGGCUACCAAGUGCAUGGACGAGGCAACUACCAAGAACAUGUCUUUGGAAUCGCAAAUGCUUCUUCAAGAAAUCAUGACCAAUGCUAAGGAGAUGCCCUUGGAGUUCUCCGAACUCCCAUUUGCAGAGCUCAAUGAUCUCGUCACCGUCCUUGGCGAGCAUGAACUGUUUGCCGACCUUGAGGCAAUUCUCACCGACCUCUGGACCUCCCGGAUUGUCCAGAAGACUUGGUCCCUCCCCGCCGUGGUGUGGAUUGGUCGCCGGCUCGUCGAAACCCGUUUCUGUCGCGACCAAGUCAGCGCGGCCACCCAGCUGGGCAAAGAUAUCUGCUACAACCUGCGCCAGGUCUGGGGCAACUGCGAUCCCGUCACGCUGGAGAUGAACAAGCUUCUCUCCGGUCUCUACACGGCAUCCGGCAACCAUCUUGCCGCUGCUGCGCUCCACGAAACGGCUCUCGCCGAGCUCCUCAACAGUGACGAGGCCGAAAAGACGGGCGCCGUGGAGGCGGUCACGCAGCACCUGGAAUUACUCCAGCAUGCGCAGAUGCGUCUCGCAAAGGAAGGCCAGAGCGCUGCUAUCGACGCCGCCGCUGUGCAGGAGCGUGUCCAGCAAAUCGCCAUCAAGUUCGGUCUUCCUGCAUCGCGACUGGAAGCUACCACGGGUGCUGAUGAGACGGUUGGAAUGUGGCAGCGGCCCCGACGAUUCAGUCUCGAUGUCGAAGAGCCCGAGGCCCAUCGCAACCAUCUCCGUCAGUCUAGCGGAUCUGCCUUGCUCACUGGGAAUGCUGGGGCUAAGCGGAUCUCAAUUACGGCGUUGUAA